UUUGCGCCGGCUGUCAGUCCAGUGCCGGUUACAGCUGUAUGGUGUUUGCCAAGCAAGUAUCUUAGCUAUGAUUUUGUGUUUUUAUAGCGUAAAUUACACGAGAAACGUAAAGACUCGGUGGUAGGUGAAUACUGUGAUGUGGUGAGAGUGAAGACCCGUGUGUGACAAGUAUACGCGUUUAGCUAGCACAUCACAGUCAGUCGUUUUGUGGUUAAAAGGACUUGAAAUAGGUUUUUAUUUUCACUUCACGGGGUAACGGCAGCUAAAAAUAAUGCUAAAGCUGUUUUUAAGACAUGCCCGUCGCUUUCCGUGGGUUACCAACGUGACACUGUACGGCUGCCUGUUCGCCGGGGGGGACUUCGUCCACCAGUGGUUCUCCGGGAGGGAGACCAUCGAGUGGAGACAAACACGGAACGUCGCGGUGGUCGCGUUUAGUUUCCAUGGCAACUUCAAUUUCUUCUGGAUGCGUUUCCUGGAGAGGAGAUUUCCCGGGAACUCUAUCGGGAUGGUGAUGAGGAAGCUGUUCCUGGACCAGACGACGGCUGCGCCCCUCGCCACCAGUGUCUUCUACACAGGUGUCAGUUUCUUGGAGGGCAAAGAAGACAUCUUGGAAGACUGGAGAGAAAAAUUCCUGAAUACUUAUAAGACAGGGCUAAUGUUCUGGCCAUUCAUGCAGUUUCUGAACUUUGCCUUGGUGCCUCUGUAUGUGCGGACCACCUUCACUGGCUGCUGUGCCUUCAUCUGGGCCACUUUCUUGUGCUUCUCACGUCAGACCGGUGAUGGCACAGCUGGUGCUGCGCUGGCGUGGAUGUUCCCUCAUAAAGACGAUGAUGCCGAAUACACUAAAGAGAAAGACAAGGUGGAUGCCCCCAGCAAAGGGGCAUGACUAUGUAAACCCACACAGUAGCAGAGUCAGUCGUUUUUAUGGAAGGUGACAAAACGUCAGCUGGACUAGUGGACUGCGGUCUAACUCAGCUGAUGUUACACUAACACUGCCAAGGUCACAGGUCAAAGACUCGGUGAGAUAAGAGUGAAAGUGCUGAAAAAAACUCCAGCAUCUUGAAUGUAUAUGCGGAAUAUUUUUAUUAUUUAUGCAGUAUAUUAGCUCUGUGGGAAAACAUUAAGAUCUAUCCUUCCAUACCACAGUGACUAUGACCAUCGGCUCUUUUGUUCAUUUUUAUUAAUGCCAUCUUGUGUUUGUUCCACAAGUAAGGUCCUUUUUAAAAAAAAAUUUUAACUUGAUUUGCUUGAUUUGCAUCAAAGUGAAAAACGGAAUAGUGUACAAAUGAUUUCCACCAUGUGGACACUGGCAGCUAAUUUAUUAGCUUAGAAUUUUAAUUAAUGAUGAUUUGAGUCACAUUUUAAACAUUUAAAUCUCAGCUUAACCUUUCAUCUUUGGCUGAAAGAGUGCCUGAUCGCUAAGAAAUAUCCCAGAUAUUUCCAGUUUACAUUUUAGUAUAUGAUGUAUCGAAUACAGACAUACCCAGGUACCAGUUAGGAUUGUCACAAUGUACGAUUUUUACCUCAAAUGAUUUUCAUGGUCAAAAUAAUUCACUGAUAUUAUUACAAAAUCCAUAAAAAAAAUCAACAAAAAGAAAGUCUGUAGGAAUAGCUGUACAGACAUGAAAGUAAUAACAACUACAAAAUUAUCAUAAUUUCAGUUUUAAAUAUCACUGUUAUUAUGAAUAACAUCUAUCCUGACACCUCUAGUACCAACAAUAUGUGAUAUUGUUUUAUAUGUUUGUAUUAUCAAUUUAUAGGUGGAUCAUUUUUACAUAAGAACGCUAAUGAACUGAGUGCACAGUAUGAAUCCAUUCAAGCACAAGAAAAAUGUAAGCAGAUCUGAAAACACAGUUUUGAUUUGCACAUUUUCAGUCAUCGUCAUUUCACUAUUUAAUAUGCAGUACUGAGAAAGUUAAAGGUUAUGCCGUGUUGGUCUAAUAAAAACUGGAAAAGCUUGUCCAAGAAAUGAAUAUUCCUUUUGUUUCUAUGCUAUUUUUCCAAAGUCAAAACCUUCUGUUUUUACUGGUUUUGUUGUCACAGAGCACAAAUGGCUGCUGUUGACUGUGAAAACUCAUCUAAUUACUUCUGCACUAACCGCUGGAAAUAUAGUAAUAAUAUUUAUUGUUGAAUAAAUCGAGAAAAUGUCA